GCUGGCGGGCGGGGAGGCCGGGUCUCGCCAUGGCCACAGCAACAGACCAGGUGGUUGGAUUCGGCUUGGUUGUCUUCAGCCUCGUUCUCUUUGUUUACUACACCCUCUGGAUCAUCAUACUGCCCUUCAUCGACAGAGACCAUGGCAUCCACCAGUACUUCUUGCCUAGGGAGUAUGCGGUUAUCAUCCCUGUGGUGGCUGGGCUGCUGCUGCUGCUAUUUAUAGGCGUUUUUAUAAUGGUCGUGAUGUGGAAGAGCAGGAAACCUGCCAAGAAAUCGGACUGAAGGCCCAGCUGAGAGAGAAUAAGGAGAAGGCGCCCACCCUGUGGCAUCAUAGCCAGGAAAAGACUUUGCCUGCAGCACCUCCUCCGGAGAGCUCAGCGCCGAGCUGGCUGCGCUCUCCCGUGUUCCUCCCUGCAGAGAUGAAGUCUUCUGUAGUUUACAAUUUACUGACCAAAGGGAAGCAAAACUGACCUCAGGGGCUCAUCGAGAGAAGGGACCAGAGCCCCAGCUGUGAGGGACCUGCUCCCCAGCCGGGGCUGCCAGUACCAGAGCUGGCUGGAGGAGCUGUCGGGGUCCAGCAGCACUCACCAGAGUGCGAGUUGAGCCCUGACUCCUGCCUGCUGCUCAGCCUCUGAGUGAUCCUUCCCCUCUGCUCUUGUGUGUCCGGUAGUUUGUUCCUUCUGGGUUUUUUUAAAUGUUUACAUACGGUUUGUGGGCUCUUAUUAAUGGGAUUCAAGAUGGAGAGGAAAGAAAUGAGACUGAGCUUGGAAAAGGCAGGUUUGUGUC